UGUUAAUCAAUAAUCCAAAAAUCGUUGAACACGGAGGUCGAGCCAAAAAUGACCGCAUCAGACUUUUUGAUUGUCAUUGUACUGAUAAUUUUGUUGUUGCUGCUUGUAAAAUGGUUAAUGCAAGGCGGUAAAUACAAGAAGAAUACAAUGAUUAACGGUAAGGUUGUCAUAGUAACCGGCGCCAAUUCUGGCAUUGGUGCUGAAACGGCGCUUGGGUUGGCGAAGCGUGGCGGCAAAGUUUAUAUGGCCUGCAGAGAUAUGAAAAAAUGUGAAAAGGUGCGACAGCGCAUAAUAAGCGAAACGAAAAAUAAGGAGAUUUACGCCUUAAAAUUGGAUCUAGCUUCACUAAAGUCUAUAAGAGAGUUCGUGAGAGAAUUCAAAAGCAGAGAGGACCACUUGGAUAUACUCAUCAAUAAUGCUGGUGUAAUGGGUUGUCCGCGUACGCUGACUGAAGACGGUUUUGAGAUGCAAAUUGGCAUAAAUCAUAUGGGGCAUUUUUUGCUCACAAAUCUGCUACUCGAUGGCUGCAGGUAGAUUUUACAUAAACCAAAAAAAAGAAGCAAUUAAAAAAAAAACUUUAAAAAUAUCUUCGGCUCCUUUCAGAAAUCACCACCCAGUAGAAUUGUAGUUGUGGCCAGUUUGGCACACGGUCGGGGUGAAAUCAAAAAAGACGACUUAAACAGUGAACUAGACUAUGACAAUCGUGGAGCAUAUGCUCAGAGUAAACUAGCAAAUGUGCUCUUCACGCGAGAGUUGGCAAGAAGAUUGGCCGGCACUGGCGUUACCGUUAAUGCGCUACACCCGGGUGUGGUUGCCACAGAUAUCGUACGUGAUGCAGGCACCAAUUUAAAGAGUUUCGUUUUCUACAUUAUUUUGAAGUACGUGGCUUGGCCACUUACAAAAACGAUUAAAAAUGGCGCACAGACAACUCUAUAUGCGGCGUUGGAUCCCGAUCUGGUUGAAGUUACAGGCAAAUAUUUUAAAGAUUGUGAAUUGAAGGAGGUUUCAAAACAAGCGCAGGACGAUCAGUUAGCAGCUUGGUUGUGGGAUACAAGCGUGGAGUGGACUAUGAAUACGGAGACACAAAGUGCUCAUAAAAAGAAAAAGUAA